AUGCCAACUACUCGUAGUGCAAACCAACCGGCCCCAAAGAGACCUCUCACUCCGGAUAGCGACGAUGGCGAUGAGGACGACUUCGUCAAGAAGCCGAGUGGACGCGGACGUGGUGGCGGUCGUGGACGUGGACGCGGUCGUGGUCGUGGACGAGGUGGCGCCAGUGCCGCUAGUGGCGAGAAUAAGCCUGAAGGCUCCAGCUCCACUCGUGGUGGACGUGGUCGCCCACGUGGAUCCAAGAACGCUGAACCAGGAGAUGGACAACCACCAGCAAAACGUGGACGCAAGAAGCGAGCUCCAAAGUCGGAUUCUGAAGACGAGGCAACAAACGAUUUGGAGGAUCUCGGCGAAGAUGUCAAAAAGUGCCUUGGGCUGUUGAAGGAGUUUGAGAAAACCACCCACAAUGCCUACACAUUCCCGUUCCGUAAGCCAGUCGACACUGUUCUUCUUGGACUCGUUGACUACCACGAAGUUAUCAAGAAGCCAAUGGACAUGUCCACCAUGAAAAAGAAACUGAUUGGUGAGGAGUACGAAAAUGCGGAGGAUUUCAAGAAGGACUUCAAACUGAUGAUCCAGAACUGUCUCACGUACAACAACGAGGGUGAUCCGGUCUCCGAUUUGGCAAUUCAAUUCCGUGAGGCUUUUGCUGCCAAAUGGAAGAAAGAAUUUCCAGAAGACGAAGACACAUUUGUAGAAGAGGGAGAAGCUCAGGAUGAUAGUACGGUUGAAGCUGCCGACGCUGGAGAGGACAGUGACGAUGGUGAAAGUGAGGCCGGAGAUAAGGAGACUGAAAAGCCAGCUGAGGAACCAGUCGAGGCACCAGUUGAGAAGGAAGAAGAGGCCACUCCGGCUCCAAAACCAGAAGAAGUUGCUCCAAAGAAGGAUGAGGACGAAGACGAGGACGAGGAUGAUCAUCACCAGCAAGAAGAAGAGUCUUCCAGUGACGAGGAGGACGGUUUGGAUGAUGACGACCACGUCAGAGCUACUUCUACAUCUUCCACCAAUGCUCCAGUCGUUGCUUCCAAGCCAGCUCAAGACUCAUUCGUCGCCACUUCUUCAUCUGAAGCUCAGGCCAUCCAAGAGACCACCGGAACCGAUGGAGCUGUCGCCAAUGAAGCUGAGCCAGCCAGCCACGCCGCUGACUCCACUACGGAGGAAAGCCACGCUUAG